AUGUUUGGGUUUAUUUUUGUAUUACAUAAUAAUGGGAAGCGGGCAAAGGCACAGAAACGGCGUGCUUUGGCUCCGGGCACGUGUGCGCCGCUCUAUUCGUUUAACAAACUGAUUGACGUGCGUGACGCAGCGGGCGCCGAGCUGAAGUCAGCGUCGUCUACCGAUCAGACUACUCUCGUCGAGACGAGAGAACGCGCACACUGGGCGUGUCUCGCGCGGGGCCCGCGGGGAGCUCACCGCGUCCUAGUGAGUUGUGGCUUUAAAUAUUCAGUGGAGCGAAGAACCGCUCGCACCGAGCGAAAGCUGGCGACUGCCAACGGCGAACGGACGUCGAAAACAACGUCGUCGUGCAAUGUUACGUGUGAGUUCGCAGGUAAGGGUCAACUUGAAGCAACUCGACGGGUGCAGCGUAUGCAACAGCGAGGUGCUGUCACGGAAAUCUUAGUACGUGGCGCACUGUGGAGGGUGAGGCGAGCUGGGCGGAGUGCAAGUGGCCACCGCAGUUGCAAAUGCAACUGCGCGCGCCUGCAUCCAACCAAUCCGCAUGGGCGGCCCUACCCGCCUAGCCCACACCUAGGACACCUAAUGGCUACGUAA